AUGCCUUUUGGAUUCCGUUUUUCCUUCAACCUUUCCAUCGGCAGCAACGAGCAGCCUGACGAAGUUGCCACCGAGGCGAAUCCUCCACCGAUCGCCGACAAGAUAGCACGCAGAAGGAGGGUUGCGCAGACGACCAGAGCAGCUCGGAGAGACACCAAACAACAACAUAUCGCAGACCGACAACGCGCCAACAUGCCGACAGCAUCAGCCGCGUCAACCCCUCAUGAGACGGAUCACGCCAGCCUCCACAGGCUAAUGUACCACACCCAUCGCCUGGAGAUGCAGAGGCAGUACUUCCAAGCACCGUUCAAGAGCACUUUCGAUCUAGGGACUUACCGCUCUUCAUCGCCCGAGAAUCGUCAGGGCCAUCAAGAAGCGUUGAUCACCCUGGGACACGGCGCUGAACGUCAGCUGUAUUUCUCGCUGUCCGAUGAGGAGUUCGAAGACCGCCUCAGUCGAGACAUCGCUGCUGGCAAAGCGGAGGAGUCCUUGACGACUACGUCCAGUAUGUUGGACUUGAAGGAGAGACUGCUUGCUGCGGGAUGGUCGGAGGAGUCCAUCGAGGCAAUUGCGAGCUGGAGCGCGGGGCUUGCAAGUCGGGAAAAUGAAGCCAAAUCAGUGCAUGACUUGUUUGGAAAGGUGGAGAAAAAAGACGCUGAAGAGGAGGAGCGGGAGAGACUGGUUCAGGUCGCAGGUGGUCAUCAGAGCAUGGUUGGGGGAUUCGGGGAUACAAGAGACCACAAGGAUGCACUGGAAGUGGACGCCAAGUUGCAAAGCCCAGGAGAAGGGCUCGCGGGCACGACAGAUGAAGCAAGCAAAGCGAAGGAGGCUGAGAGUGGAUUUGACGAGUUUGUCGAUUGCAGAAGCCAGCAAAACUCGGACGAAGAGGAAUGGUGUUUGGUGUGA